CGGGCUCAGAGGACCCGGAGCAGAGGAGCACGGGUCCCGCAGGGGUUCGAGUCGCCGCCGAGCCGAUCUGAGAUCGGCUGGCGGGGGAGACGCUCUGGCUGCGCGCUCCCGCUGAAUGCGCGCUCCCGCCGCGUGGGUUGCACGCAGCGAGCGGCGGAUCAGUCCAGUUGUGCGGAGGACCGAGCCAGGACCGGGUCUGAUCCCACACACGAGGGCGCCCUGGAAGUGGACCCUCCCUGCCGGCAUGUGGCCCCCCAGCCUGCCGCUCUGCUCGGUCCUGGCGCUCCUCAGGGCCCCGGGCUCUGGCUCCAUCCAGCUGGAGCCCAUCCCGAGCCACAGCCAGUUCAGCUGCGAGCCCAUCAGGCUGCGGAUGUGCCAGGACCUGCCGUACAACUCCACCUUCAUGCCCAACCUCCUCAACCACUACGACCAGCAGACCGCGGCGCUGGCCAUGGAGCCCUUCCACCCGAUGGUCAACCUGGGCUGCAGCGGCGACCUGCGCAUGUUCCUGUGCGCCCUCUACGCCCCCGUCUGCGCCGAGUACGGCCGCCUGGCGCCGCCCUGCCGCUCGCUCUGCGCUGGCGCCCGGGACCAGUGCCGGCAGCUGAUGCGGGUCUUCGGCCUGACCUGGCCCGACGACAUGGACUGCAGCAGGUUCCCGGACUGCGACCAGCCGUACCCGCGGCCGCAGGAUCUGCUGGUGACCUCUGACCCCGCCGACCGCUCCUCCACCACGGUGCAGAGAGACUUGGGGUUCUGGUGUCCUCGCGAGCUGAAGGUGGCGCCCGAGCUGGGCUACACCUUCAUGGGCCGGGAGGACUGCUCGGCGCCGUGUCCCUCCAUGUUCUUCAGCCGGCGGGAGGUGGCGCUGAUGCGCUACGCCAUCGGCGCCGCUUCGCUGGUCUGUCUGUCGGCGACGCUCUUCACCUUCCUCACCUUCCUGCUGGACAGGACCCGGUUCCGCUACCCCGAGCGCCCCAUCAUCUUCUGGGCCGUCUGCCACGCCAUGGUGGCGCUGGUCUUCUUCCUGGGCUUCCUGCUGGAGGACACGGUGGCGUGCAACGCCCUCAGUCCGCCGCACUUCCGGGCGGCCACCAUCACCCAGGGCUCCCACAACAAGGCCUGCACCCUCUCCUUCAUGGUCCUGUACUUCUUCACCAUGGCGGGCAGCGUGUGGUGGGUCAUCCUGACCGUCACCUGGUUCCUGGCCGCCGUGCCCAAGUGGGGCAGCGAGGCCAUUGAGAAGAAGGCGCUGCUGUUCCACGCGGCGGCGUGGGGCGGGCCGGGCGCGCUGACCGUCGCCCUGCUGGCGCUCGACAAGGUGGAGGGCGACGGCAUCAGCGGCGUGUGCUUCGUGGGCCUGUACGACCUGGAGGCGCUGCGCUGGUUCGUCUUGGCGCCGCUCUGCCUCAACGUGGCGGUGGGCGUCGGGCUGCUGCUGCUGGGCAUCGUGGCGCUGAACCGCGUGCGGAUGCAGAUCCCCCUGGAGAAGGAGAACCAGAGCAAACUGGUCAAGUUCAUGAUCCGCAUGGGCGUCUUCUCCGCCCUCUACCUGCUGCCCCUGCUGGCCGUGGUGGGCAGCCACCUGUACGAGCACACGAACCGCCGCGCCUGGCAGACCACCUGGGUGCGGGACAACUGCCGGCGCUACCACAUCCCCUGCCCUUUCCAGGCGGACGCCGGCAGUCGGCCCGCCCUCGCCGUCUUCCUGCUCAAGUACCUGAUGACGCUGGUGGUGGGGGUCCCGUCCGUCUUCUGGGUGGGCAGCAGGAAGACCUGUCUGGAGUGGGAGCGCUUCCUGCACGGACGCCGGCGCCAGACCGGCGGCGCCGAGGAGACGCGGCAGGUCCUGCAGGAGGCGGCGGGCCUGGCGCAGUCGCUGCUCCGAGAGCCCCACCCCCCGGUGCUGAGGAAGUCCAGGGGCACCUCCACUCAGGUGAGGACACGAGGCCCCAGGCCGCCUCAGAAGCCCGUCCUCACCUGCUCUCCUGACAGGGCACCUCCACUCACGGCUCCUCCACGCACCUGGCCGACCUGGACCCGCCCGCUAGAACCAGGAGCCCCGGCAGCAGCGUGCACAGCAAGGCCAGCUCCCGCGGCAGCCUGCGGCGCCCCCCGGAGGAGAGAGCCCAGGACCACGGGAGUCUGCCGGGCCUGGAGGGGCGGCAGGUCCACCUGGCGGCGGCGCCCCAUACUCUCAUCACUCACGGCAGCACGGCGGAGGACGGACCGGGGAACCAGAGCACCAGCGCCUGAGCGGAGUCAGCGAGACCUGCGGGGCCUCUUCAUCGUGGGGGGUCCUGUCCGAGCUUCAGGAGGGGGAUGAAGCCUUGAGCACGCCGGACCUGAACUGCACCGGACCCGAACCGACCUGACCGGAGUCUGUGCUGGGACCUCCGGGAUUCGGACCUGGACGACCUGCUGUUGCCACGGUGACGCUGGUCUCCGGGUGCACGGUGAGUCCGGACACCUGCCCCCCACAACGCUCCCCACCCUUCCCUGCGACAUGGAACAUUCAGGUGUCUCUCCUUCAAGUUCCAGCUUGACCUCUGACCCUGGAAGUGACUGUGUUUUGUUGACUUUAUUCUGCGACUCACUAAUAAAGCUGUGUUUGUGCAAGUCUUGCCGUGGUGACGGGGGCCUCCUCAGCUCCAGAGUCCAGCGCGCUCCCUCCGGCGCCGCACGAUGGCGGCCACGUCCAGCUUGAGCCUGGACACGCUGCCCUCCAGCUGCUCCCACAGGUCGCUCAGCAGGCCGCUCUGACGCUCCACGAAGCGCCGGAGGCCCGGCAGGUCCGAGUCGUCCUGGGGACACGGAGGCGUGACUGGAGUGUGGAGCGGGCGUGAGUGGAGCGCACGACUCACGCUGGGCUUGUGUCUGCGCAGCCGCUGCAGCUGGCCGCGCACCGCGCUCAUGCUGUGGUA